GAGUUGAGAUUGAUAUACGGGGGCCGAAGACAAGUUGCGCAUAUCAUCAGCGGACCAGCUGCAGUGCAGGCAGCAGCAGUAGCCAACAAGUCCUGAACGCAUCCUUCCAGACAUGGGUUGCUAUGACUGCUGUAUGCGCUGUUUGGGUGGGGUGCCGUACUGCUCCCUGGUUGCCACACUGCUGUGUUUCUCUGGCAUUGCCCUCUUUUGCGGUUGUGGGCACCAGGCACUCACAGAGACAGAGAGACUCAUCGAGAAUUACUUUGCCCGUAACCUUCAGGACUACAUCACCCUCGCCUACAUCAUUCAAUAUUUCCAAUAUGUCAUCUAUGGUUUGGCCUCCUUUUUCUUCCUCUACUGCAUCGUGCUGUUGGCGGAGGGUUUCUAUACCACAAGCGUUGCCAAGCAAACCUUUGGAGAGUUCAGGAGCACCAUGUGUGGCCGCUGCCUCAGCUCCUCGUUUAUAGUGAUGACUUAUGUACUAGCUGUGCUGUGGCUGUUGGUGUUUGCCUUCUCGGCCCUGCCUGUCUACUUCUUCUACAACAUGGACGCCACCUGCCACACCAUUGAUGUUCUGACUGAGACCCCAGCGAGUAUCAACCAGCUGUGUGUUGAUGCCAGGCAAUACGGGCUCCUGCCAUGGAAUGCAGUGCCAGGGAAAGCUUGUGGUAUAACUCUGUCCACUGUUUGCAAGACCAGAGAGUUCCGAAUGACCUAUGACCUCUACAUUGCUGCCUUCGCCGGUGCGGGCAUCACUCUCUUGGCUCUGCUGACCUAUACUGUGUCAACCACCUAUAACUUUGCGGUUCUACGGUAUCUGGGGAGAAAGGGCAUAGGUGCACGGUGUUAGGCUCCCCAACUUCCUCUCUGCUCUAUCACUACUUCACCACCAACAACAUGAGGAUCUAAAGGGAUGGCAACAACUCUCCUUCUACAUCAUCUGCACAGAAACCACCUGUGAUCACGGACUCUUAGGUGUUGUCUUAUACAUUAUAUGUCCUAUAUUUUUACUUUUCUUAUUGGGAGGAAUGUUAUUUUGGUUUUUCCUUUUCCUUUUGUUUUUUUUAUAUGCGUGAGGUUUGCUUGCUGCUUUUACAUGCAGCAAGUCUUAUUUCAGUAUUUUCAAUGCCAUGUCACCAAAAUAUUUGUAAAUUAUUGCUCUUGUUACUUGCCAGUCUAAAAUUAAUUUUGGUUCCCAUGCACUCAAAAAUACAAAUAAAACACAACUAAUAAAUUAACAUAUGUAAGAAAUAACCACCAAUUUGCAACAUAUGUGCAGCUAGAAUGCAGCUGUUACACAGAAUAGGGAUUAUAGGUUACCAUGGUUACCAUCCCGCACAUCUGGUUGCCAUGGUGGCAGACAAGCACGCAUCUGCAGUCUCACACUGACCUCAGGACUUUUCUCACGGGCUCGAGAAAGGCCUCAACAAUGGAGUCAUGCCCGAUUUUAAAAGCUAGCCAAUGAGGACCCAGUUGUGGGGGCCACCUGCGCUACGAGUCUCUGUCAAGGGUUAUAUUACAUGUCAAAGGAGGGGGUCCUCCAGACAAAGAGAGGGUUAGACCUCUCUAAAGCAUCAAUGCAGCUCUCCUGAGACGGCAACCACACACAAACAACUCCAUCUGCAUGCUGCUGCAUGACCCCCACCUCCCCUCUAAAUAAUGGAAAUGAUGGAUUCAGAAUGAGGGGACUGAAGGAAUUUUAGAUUAUUUUGAAUAGUUUCUUUCUGACAAAGGGACAUACUUGUUUAGUUUGAUCUAGAAGGGUCUGAAAUGUUCUCAUAAUUUUGAGACUGCAAAAGCACUAGGUGCUAACUUAUCGCAUGACCUCAAGUUAUUUGACCUAAAACACAUUGUUGAGGUGCGAGUCCCCCCCCCCCGCUGUUAAUGCAUGACUGAGGUACUUUUAUAGAGAUAGGACAGCUUUGUUUUGUCUCUAAUUCUUUAGGAAUUUUGUUAUUGUAGUUAUUGUAUAACAUGUUUACUUAUUGUAGCUCAAUUUACUACUGCUUUUACACUUUGGGUAUUACUAACAAAACCUUUUGCAACAUAAUAAGUAGAUUAUUCUAUUUGGUGGAAGCUUUACCCAGCUGUGAGUGGUGGAUUUGUCCAGUGGCCACUGGCUGUUUGAUUUUUUUGUGUGUGUUGGUAAAAUUUGAUAAUAAAAGAAUAUUCUUUGAA